UUGAAUGUAUUGUUUUAACAGUGACCAAGUAGACUACUAUCAGUUUAGAGGGAACAGGUCAGUUUAGAGGGAACAGGUCUCAAGUAUUGUGUUUACAAGGCUUAUUGUUUUCUAAGACAAGAGACAACAUGCUAGGCUUCUUUUAUCAUAAUACACUUCAUGCGGUGAAAUUAGAAAAGAGACACAGCACUAGCUGCCCGUUUCCAUGGCGACGUUGUCAAACACCCUGCUUGCUGCAGAAACCAGACAGCUGUUAGCUAAGCUAACCUCUGUUUUUCAAUGUAAUUUAAUAAAAUAGCAAAUAUGGAGUUCACAGGUAGCAGUUACACUGGAGCCUUCAAGAAUGGCAGGAUGGAGGGAGAAGGAGAGUAUAAGUUCCCCACAGAGACAAGAUAUGUUGGGGAGAUGAAGGAUGGCAUGUUCCAUGGAAAAGGUGUUCUCUAUUUUCCAAAUGGAAGCAAAUAUGAAGGAACUUGGGAUAAAGGCAUAUCCAAACAGGGAAAGUAUACCUUCUCUGAUGGGCUGGAGUACCAGGAGAAGGACUGGGAGUUCUGUGAUGGUUAUGACAGACAGUUCUACACUGAGAGGUGCAAUGGACUCAAACCUGCAGGGGAGUCUCAGCUGACAGACCUGGACCCGCCGCGUGUCAUCCCAGAUGGCUGCUAUGACUGUGGGGACGGCUUCUACGACCCCAACACCAGGGUCAUCACUGACUAUGAGCAUGACUUCCUGAGGAACGCAGAUGACUAUGAACAUGAGUGGAUUGUGAGCACUUGUCGGAAGAGCUGGGAUGAGAUCGUUGGACAUUCACCUAACAACUAGGCCAUAUUUCAGAACUGGACAUUGAGUUGAGGGGCCUGAGCAGCUGCCGAUUUAAAAGGAAGCUAAUUUAUGGAAUGUUUAACUGUGGUGUGUAUAGGCUACCUGUGAAUCAUAUGUUGUGAAAUAUGAAAUAUCCCACAUUUUCGUUUUUUAUUUUAAAUAGAUUUAAUUUAUCAGAUGCAUAAAAAAAUCGGUAGGUUUAUUUCAGAUGCACAAAAACAUAGUGAUACGCAUGUAAAGUAGCCAUACUGAAAUGAAAUAUGUGAUGGAAGUCAAGAUCGAAAAAUAUGCUAAUGCUGUCAAACAUUUUCAUGCAGAAUGAGAAAAAAAAAACCCAUCAAGCCUGGAUUUGUAACUUGUAAAGCCA